AUGGAGUUAAAUGGACAUCGAGGCCUUUUGUUUAUGAUAAUAUUUGGGGUUUUAACAGGUGAGAUUAAUUACAACGUAUACAUAAUGACGUGACAGUAACAAUUCAAAAUGGCCCCCGCCCUGGAAAAUAGUCGAAUUUCCUUUCCAAUUUCUGGUACACUCAAAUUGCCUUGUUAGAGAGAUAAGAAUUUUGGAUUCUUUUUUGACAAGUCUAUAAUUCAUUUUAAACUGAUUCUAUAAUAGGUUAUACCACAAGAGAAAACGUAACACUUCAUUAUCAUGCUUCUGGGGUGAUUCUGAACCAUAACUACACUGAAGAAUACUUUAAAAAAGACUUGAAAGAUUGCGAAACAUGCAAACAACUUGCUGAUGACGUCAAAGAAGGGGUGAGUUGCAAAUUAUACUUUUAAAGUCAAUUAACUAGAACUCCAUAUCAAAACCCGUGGUUUCUGCGAAUUCCAUGUGACGGGAAUGCGCUGAGCGAAUGGAAGCAAAAAUCAAAACCCAAAAAUAUCACAGGGCUUCAACGAACCCCCAACCCCCCCCCCCCACCCCCCACAAAAAAAUCCCUGGGGGAGAAAUUGACCCCGAAUAAAGCCCAUGCCAAAUUUCUGAGCCUGAGAAUUUACUAGAGCAAGGAAAUUCUUCUGACGAUAAAGCCAGGCAUGGAUGAGAAAUCUGAGUAAAUGAAUUGAUAAGCGUUUAAGCCUCGUUAGCCAUGGUGAAUCCCGAAAUAGCAAUUUUCAAACCAGAUUUUAUCAGAGGAAUAAAACUUUUAAAGAAGGUAAUUGUUUCAGGCUUGGGUGGAAAUCGUUUACAACUUAACCAAAAGAUGAGUUGGGAUCCUGCUUUCCGUUGUUGGAAACACGCAACGAAAAGCGCCUCGCCUUGAUCUGAGCUUCAAAUAAGCAGACACGAAACAUCUCACAGCUCUGAUUGCUUGCUGUUAAAUCAUGUUAUGGACCUUAUCCUUAUUUAAUAAAACGGGCAAUGGUACAAGCGCACUAGCGAUAAAGGCUUGGGGCUCUUGACCAAAGUCAGACAUGAAAUUAAGGUGGAAAUUUAGAGAGAUGUUUUCUUUUCGGUCACCAAGCACACUUACUCCAGGAAAACUGAGACAAAACAAUGCUGAAUGGAGAGUUUUUUUCAUUUCCAAUUUGCGCAUAGUCCUAAUCAUAAAAAAGACUACAAACAACAUAUAGACUUCUCUCUUUUGGUCUUUAGUAAAACAUGAAGCUAUGCUAGAUGUCUUACAUAAUUUUCAUUAUUGAUCUUUUUUUCUCGUUUUAAUUUAUUGCAGUUCUGGGAGAUGUUCAAUUUCUUUGUGUCAAAAGUCAAAGUAUUUACCUUGCUUAAUCAGAAUUCUGAGGGAGUUUUCUUUAGGUGAAGAAAAAAAAAAUGAAAUAGAAAUAUGCCAAAAGAGCAAAGCUUAAUUAGUAUUUUUUUAUUAUUAUUUUAAAGGUUUUCAUGUGUUGCUUAUAGACUUCGAGGGCAAUUAUGAUUAAGACAAAAGAAUAAUCAAAAGAGGUAUUCUAGGAUAUUCUAGUUAUUACACAGUCGCAAUUUGUUUUUGCGCUCGUGCGUUUGGAAAUGUCUGAAAACUAAAUCUGUAACAAAAAAUACAUAACUAUAUGGCUUUUAAUUAAAAAACAAAAGCACAAAAACAAAACAAAAUUGUAAAAGGAAUCACAGAAAACCAUUCCAUACAUACUCAUAAUUGUGCAGUUGGCGAAGAGUUAACAAAAAAGAAAGCAAACAAACAAAACUAAAGCAAAAACAAAGAUCAGACGAAAUUUUGAACUUUUCUGUUUGGUUAUUUAUAGAGCACCUUCGCAUGGUGGACCGGAGAUAAACUCAACAAAGAGGAUAGUUAUCAAUACCCAAACACAAACAGAGGAAACGUAAGUCAGUAUCAAUUAUUAUUAUUCAUUCAAAAUAUUUCCCCGAUUCUGAUUGGAUAAAAGCACACCCUUAAUUCACCAUAACCAGUGACUGAUGACCAAAUUUGGAAGAAUUUUGACUUUAACGAGGAAAUGACGUCAAAAAUGCAGCGUUUUCGCAGGUUAAGGCACCGUUAACCGAGAAGACCUGGGGACGAGGUUGAGUUGUUUUGGUUGUGAACUUGAAAAAAUGGCGGACAUUUCACUCGUUUCAAGAGUUAGAACUAGGCGAAAAAAUAGCUAAAAACAUGGCAAGAACAGCAAGAAGACAACUCGAAGGGCGACAUCUGCUAUUUGGAGAAUAUUUGCGGAGCUGGACAAAUCUAAACGUACAUUAUCGAAGAUGAACUGAACAUCGAUGGAUCGAUGGAGGUAAGCAUGUUUUAACUACGUUUUUAAACUAGGAACUAUUUUGAAUGAAUAAUAAAACAGUUAUUGAAUUCGGCUUUCGUAUCAUAUGAAGAAUUAUGGAGAUCUCGGAGGGUGUUAUCCGCCUCGGCCUACGGCCUUGACGGGUAACACCCUCCUCGAUCUCUAUAAUUCUUCAUAAGAUACUCAGCCUCAUUCAUUAACUGUUAAAUGUGACUCCGUCACCUUAUUGAAUGGCUUAAUCCACGAGCCCUGAAUUGACUCCUGUCUUCUGAUUGGCUGCGCGCACACGAACGGGCAUGUUGGGAGAUAUCUUUUGCCCGCAGACUCUUACCCAGUCGCUCACCCCAAAAACACAUGUAAAUAGCGACUGGGUACGAGUCUGUUUUGCCCGCUAUAGAUAUCCUCCUUUACCCCAAUGAAAAAAACAACAAACAAUUAAACAAAAUAAUUUUAGCCAGAUCAAUAUCUGGAAGAGCUGCAAAAAGUAGACGACGUUUUUCACAGUUACGGAUCGCGAAUUUAAAAUUGAGUCCUUCCGACCAGAGAGGAAAGCUGUUUACACUGAAAUUCCAUUGAAUCAUUUCUCAACCCCAAGAUCUUAAAUCAUGGUUGGAACAAAAAACAUUCAAAUUCCGGAUAAAACCAAUUUCACGUGUCCUGUUUUUCUUUUCAGAGGUAUUUAUUUCGUUGCGGUGAUACGGCUUGACUUCAAUGUUUCUGAUCCAUCCAGAAAUCUCCACCGUCUGGAAGGGCUGGUAAAUCUCGCCUUCUGGGAUUAUCUAAGAUCCGUGAAACAUUUUCAGUUAUACCCAAGUGUGCGUUUAAACAGAACAUCACUACAUUUUGAGGUAGGUAGCACGUUAAUCAUUAGUCAUUAAUAGUAUAAUGAAUUUUAUUAUUGAUUCGCUCAGUUUGUGAAAUGCUAAAUUCAGAAUGAUCUUAAAGAUUUCUGAGAAUCUCGUCCUAUUUUUAGUAUCUAAUGCAUUUUCAAAAUCCUUUUUUUUUUCCUACUCUUACGAUGCAAUUCUUGAAUUCAGGAAUCUGAUUCGGAAUUCUCCUUUAACGCAUCUAAAAUGUCACGAAGCUGGAUGCAGCGCAUAAUCUCGUACCCAGAUCUCCCACGGCCAAGGGUAAAACCGAGUGAGAUCUGGGUACGAGAUUAUGCAGCGCAUAGACAAUUGUUUUUGCUCUGAUCUCGUGGGAUGAAAACUCAGUGCAGAGUGCCAUUAAACUACAAAUCGAUUGUAAUCAAUAAACUAGUAAUCAAUUAAUUCAUAUUAAUUCACGUUUAAACUUUUUUUGCAGAAAAUCCCUGCCUCCGCAGUUACGAACUAUCUAGAAAUCUUACAGCCGAUCCACUUCACCCCUGAUAAGAUUCUACGCAAAUUGGACGAUAUACCAGACAAACACAAGCAAGCUCUUUCCGCUAUAUCUUAUGUGGGAUGUACUCUGUCCGCUUUGGGGCUCACUCUGUUGAUUUUGACCAUCUGCUUAUCUAGGUAUACAGUUUAGUGAACCGAUCUGUUUUCUAGGUUUAGUAUUUUGGUAACUUAUAACCCUUUGAGGAACAAGGAACCGACUAGCACAGUCGGUUGAGGUGGUUUUUUGGGCGGGAUUACAAUUGUUAUUGUGCACCAUACGUGGUGGUCACAACAAAGAAAAAAUCAUGAUACAAGCUCAUACCACCGUACUAAGAUCAUAGUUAACGAAAUGACCAAUCUCAACGCCCAAUGUAUCCACAACAAUAAAACGGCGGCCAUGCAUCUUGUUUGCACAUGCAUGACCCUAUUUAUUAUACAAAAACACUUCAUAAGGUGGGGAUUUAAUUGCGGGAUUAUUUCUCUCUCAGGAAACUUCGCCGUCUUCGGCAAAAUCAGAUUCUGAUCUACUUGAGUAUGUCCUUGCUGGCAGCCAUCUUGCUGUUCACGUUUGGAAUCAAUAGCAUAACAGACUCUGACUCAUUGGACGUCUGCAAAGCUAUAGCCUCGCUACUGCACUUUUUCCUGCUUUCAUCGAUUGUCUGGAUGAGCAUUGAGGCUUAUAACCUGUAUCAAGACCUCGUUAAAGUGUUUGAUACGACACUUAUUUCACAGAAUGAGUUCAUGUGCAGGGCUGGAGUUGUAGGUUGGAGUAAGUUAAAAUUCUUUCAAAAAGUUGUAGUUACUAUCUUGCAAGUGGAAUUCUAAACGAUUAGUGGCUCUCAUGAACGCCAAAUUCAUCGUGCAGAGUAAAUACAUUAAAGUUAUACAUCAUCUUAGUUUGUUAUUCGUUAAGCGUAUAAACAGAUAAAGAAGAACGUAGCUAACAAACACGUUUUAGUGUGUUGAAAUAAAAAUUAAAAAGGUGCAUCAAACGACUCCACUUUUGCAAAGAUGGGAAUCAAGAAUCAAGUUUCGAUAAAUUCUAAAAUGCUUGGCGAAUAACUUGAGACUGCUUAGGAUUAAAAAAAAAAUCAUGAAUAUCCGAUUUUUUCUCAUUAUGUUAAAGAUCAUUAGUAUUACCGCGAUUUGCCCGUUGCCACGGAAUGGUUUCUUUUAUUAUAUUACGUUAUAUAUAAGUUAAUCAAUAUUAAAUUUUGUUUAUCUCGUAGUCAUUCCAGCAAUAGUUGUAGUGAUAACCGUGCUGGCCGAGCCUGAUUCCUACGGCUUUCAUGUCAUGGACAAAAAAAACAACGAAUCACUGUAAGUUAUAUAGACUACAAGCACAGACUCUCGAAGAAGGGCACGCACAUAAUUUUUGCUUUAAAACGAAGUCAGUCUAAUGUAUCUGCGUGUAUUACAUUAAGUACGAAAAUAACAAUAAUAAUAAUAAUAGUAGUAAUAAUAAUAUAGUCGUACCAUGAGAAAAAUACAUAAACAAACAUGGCGAGUUUACAACUGAUGGCCAUCAACAAGUUAAAGUAAAUAGUUACCAUUUAAAAAAUAAAGGGAAAAGCAUCUAUUCACAAAAGCAUCCUUAAAACGAUUUAAACGCUAAUUUUGCUAGCCUAAUCAAGUAUUAAAUUAACUGCAAAACCCGUGGACAAAGAUCCUGCUAGUUAACUGUUUAUUGCUCAGCCUAAGACAUUUAAUAUUUCAUUGAUGGACACGAUAGUCACGUCACGAUAGUAAUUUAUAUCUUUCCAAUAAUAACAGCUACUACGCCUACUUUUCAGAUGUUGGAUGGACGCCGAUACGUUCUACGGUGCCUUUCUCGCCCCAGUCCUUCUCCUCAUGACAGUCAACAUCAUUAUAUUUCUGGUGGUGAUGAAAGAGAUUUACAAAAUUCCACACAUGUGCGAAAAGGCCAAUCGUUUGUCUCGCUUCCGGGCCACAGUAUCGGUAUUUGUCCUUCUUGGCCUAAACUGGCUGUUCGCUGGUUUAGCGGCAACUGUCGGAACUUUGGUCUUACACUACCUCUUUACAAUCACGUGCUCAUUCCAGGGCCUGUUCAUUUUUCUGCUGCAUGGAAUUAUCAAGAAAGAUUUCCAAGACGCUUGGCGCUUGUUUACAACGAAAAAUUGCGUCAUAGAGAUGUUCAGAAGCAGCAACUUGGGCACAAGUAUUACGAGCAUGAGUUUUUCAUCCCAUAAGUUCCUCGUCUGUGGCACCAAUGAGGGAACAUCCAAUUUCCCUUAG